AUUUCCUGUGAUUCAAUGAAAUCUGUGAUCAGUGAUAUGUAUGACUGUAUUAUUACUUUUCAUGUGAAAGCUCACUUAAUUCGGUGAUUAUUUUCAGCUUAUGAGUGAUCAUGAUUUUGUAAAAUCUGUGCUAAAGUUCGCUGAGCAGUUGGUGAAACACUCGCAAAACCCAUACCUCUACCAGUUCUCUUACAAAGGUGUCUUGGGUUUUCACAGAAAUCAGUCAGAGACGAUGCACAGGGGCGAUCUUACUUUCGACAAACAGCUUAUAAGCAAAACGCUAGUCGCAGAAGCUAUACAUAACGCUAAGGCUAACAGUGUUUGCAAGACUUUAAUAAAUUUGAAUAAUGAUUUUGAUAAAGAAACUAAUAAAGAAAAUGCUUUGAUCUAUGAUAGUAAUGGUGAUAUAAAAGUUGUAGCCGAUCGUAGUGGCGAUUUAUACUACGCGAGAGAAGGCGAAGCGCAGAAUAAAUCAGCUUUCAUUUCGACCAUGAAUUCUAAAAAUGUCAAACUAUGGCAUCGUAGAUUAGGACAUUUGAACUUUCAGGAUUUGAAUUCUUCAUUGAAGAAAGGAAGAUUAGGUGGAUUAUUCUUCUUACUAUUAUAA